UUUAAUGUCUAUUCUUUAAUAUUUUGAUAAAAUUCUUCUAUAAUACUUUUUAUAUUUUUAUACAAUAUUCUUAUCACCCUUUCCUGUAUUAUCAAUGAUCUUCGAUCUUCAAUGCACUUCACAAUGAUCUGAGAAUAUUUCGAGAAUAUUUAAACUAUUUUUAAGAAAGUAGACUUCCUUACAUACAUAAAUUCAGUCGCCAAUGCAUUAAUUAAAGGGCAACAGUGUGAAACUUAAAAAAAAAUCUAAUGUUUUUCACAUUUAUCGAAAUUUUAUACCUUCAAAAAUUUCAUUACAUUCUGUAGAUUCCUAGAAACGAAUUUGUCUCAAAGAAAGAAUCAUCCUUGACCCGUUCAUGUCGUACAUCAUCCAAGUAUCCCAAGAAUCCUUCAGCCACGACGAGAGUCUCCGUAUUCACCGAACAAUGUGUGAACUAUUUAAAUUGUGCAAGUUAAAAUUCGUCUUGAGCGUUGAAAUUCGUUUAAAAGCAUCGUUCAAUCCUCGUCUCUCCAACUUGUUGAAUCUGGGUUGCAGGAUCUAUAGGAUUAUCCUGCGAGGAGAAGCAGGCGAUCUUAGACGAGCAUAAUCGGCUGAGACAGCUCGUGGCACUUGGACAGAUUCACGGGCAACCUGGCGCUGCUAACAUGAGGGAAAUGGUCUGGGACGACGAAUUGGCUGCAGUUGCUCAGAGGUGGGCCAACAGGUGCGCAGAGGUCCACGACAACUUAAGGAACGUUGGUAGAUUCACGGUGGGACAAAAUAUCGCGCGGACGUGGACGACGAAACCCCCGGGAGCGUACGACGACCAGGCAAACUGGCGCCAGAGGAUCUCCGAGUGGUUCAGCGAGGUGCAGAAGUACAGAACCGGAUAUAGCGAAGCCACCGGCCACUAUACACAGCUCGUCUGGGGCGACACGUAUUUGGUAGGCUGCGGCUACUCCUUCUAUUACGACCCAGCCCGAGGCUAUACUAAGAACUACGUAUGCAACUAUGGGCCCAGCGGCAACGUGCUCGGCUUUCAACCGUAUCAAUCGGGCCAGCCUGCCUGUGGCAGCUACGGGAUGGUCUACUCGAACCGAUACGCGGGCCUUUGUUCCGGCGAGCAAUUCUACCAUUUGGGAGCAUUGUGCAGUUAUGGUUGACGAUCAACAAAUGGUUCACCGAGGCUGAUUCGUAGAUCGUCAUCGAUCGAAUCGAUCUAGUUCAUUGUUCUAGUCUCAGAAGAAUUAGUCGUUAAAUUAAUAGAAGAUAGGAAAUUUCGUCGAACUGU